AUGCUUUCCUUAGACUCUCUUCAUAACCCUCAAUUGCAACAACAACAACCCAUUGCUGAAAGAUCCGAAACACAUAUUAGCUAUCAUGGCUCCUUAACUUCCUCGGACCAUACAGUACAUACUUCAUCAGCCUCCUCUUUCAACUCUCCUCUUAAAAUCGUCACGGGAAAAGUGCGUAAUAUUUAUCUCGAGCUGAAAACGAACGAAGUCAUGUAUUAUGGACUGCAGAAAGCAUUAUAUACAUUCAUCUUUCUCUAUUAUGUAUACUUGAAUUUAAUCAUUCCUAUUACAUGCUCCUUCUCAUCAUAUACCAAUUCAUUGUUUACUACGAAUAAGAACAGCUCUCCGUUUGGGGUCUACGGCGACUUUGUCAUGCGUAUUUUGAGUUACGGAGUUACCUUUUCCUUAGACGCUAUCAACUCGUUGGAGGCUUUUGUCGCUCUGUGUUGUGUAGCUACCGCAAUGAAUGCCCUCUAUCUCAUCUCGUUAAUCAUCCAGUUCAAGAGCACGAAAGGAAAUUUCCAACACAAAAUUCAAAUACUGAAUUCGUUUUUGGGUAUUGUGAUUGUACUCAUUGCUCCUGUUUCCAUCUUUCUAAUGACUACUUUUGUGGAUGCAAAUCCGAGCGAACUCUUGUACUCGGAAAAGUAUGGAAUUCAGUCUACCUUAACACGUCUUCCCUUAAUGACAUAUCUUGGGGAGCAAACAUUACCCUUCUUUGUGCUAUCGUUUUUUAGCAUGUUGUUUGUGCUGUUUUGUUUGUUUGUGGCGAGCAUGUUACUUCCAUUGAAUAACCCAAAGAAUGGACUAUGGUUUAUCAAUUCUGAUAAUUUAGUGAUAUCAGUACAAUUUGUUUCUAUCGCCUCGGAAGUAAUGAUCAAAUUUCUAAUACCUCCUACCUAUUUAUAUGUUCGAGCAGCAUUACAAUUGAUUAGCUCAGUGAUUCAACUAGGUAUAUUUUUAAUGUAUCUACCAUUCUUUAGACGUUGUGAAAAUUCAUUAUUCGUGUUUGGAUUGAGCGGAAGAGUAGCUUCAAGCAUUGGCAUGUUAAUAAGCAGCGCAAUUUUUAAUUCAUCUGCUUCAUCAAUGAGUACUGAUUUAGGUCUAGGACUGAUGGCUCUUACAUUGGCGCUGUGUUUGCUUGGAGGAGUGGUAGGUGGUGUGGGAUGUGAAAUUUAUACACGUCUUGUUUGUCGCCAAGUAAGAAGAAAAUUGUCAAUUGUUGAAACACAACAUGAAAAUACUAAUGUAGAGAGCUCUAAUGUUUAUACUCUUGAGGGAGAAUCCAUCAGAUCUUUGAACCUCUUUCUUAGAUUCUCAAUAUUUCAUUCACAAGAUUACCUCAACGUGGCAUGUUCAUUCGUUAAAAGUGCUUUUCAUCAGAGGCUGUUGAAGGACUGUUCUCUUCUCUUAUCAGCAAGCUGCGUUAUUUCUUGUGAAUGUGCUGAAAAUAAUAAUUAUGUUAUGGCUAAUGCAUUGCUGAAAAAAGCCGUCAACUUGUGUGACAAUGCAUGGAUGCUUACCCGUAUUCAAGAGUGUUUACUGGAUAUUGAAUUAGAACUUUCUUCUACAUCUGCACUCGGAAGAAAUGGAGUAGAGUUAAAGUCAGUCAUCAUGAAGCUGGAAAAAAAGCAAGAAGAUCUCUUAACUACUCACAAAACAUUUUGGAAAGAGUUUUUGAGUGACGUACCCGAUAUCAAAAAGAUUGCAAUGAUCAACAGAAAAGCAAAUCAACUCACUCAAUUUUGCGACAAGAUGUAUCGCCAUUUAAUGUCAAAUUUCAGGCACAACAAACGAGUGCUGCGUCUGUUUGCAAGCUAUGUUGAACAGUUUAAAUUUGACAAGGAGUACGCAAACUUUUUGUAUGAAGAAGCGAACCAACUUGAAGAAGAAGAGUCCAAGUCAAAACACUUCCAAAAAUAUCCAAAAAACAAAGUAUUGCCAAUGAUCUCUGUAAAAGCUACAAGCGUCUCCAGUAUUGGUACCAUUCCUAUUGCUAUUAACAAUGAAAAAGAAGUGGCGGCUGCCGAGGAAAGUUUUGAAGGAAUUGAAAACCAACAAGUGGAUAAGAAGCAGGUCUUCUUCAGAACUACACUAAGCAUUCCAUACCGUUCUACUUUGAAAAACAUAUCGUUUAUAUCAGCAGCAGCUAUUUCAGUCGCAAUAUUUGUCGUUUCUCUAGCAUUAUGUUUGAGUUUAGGAAGAGUCGAGUCUGAAAUUCCUCUUGCUUUGGAAAGUUGUUUGCCUGGUGUGGUGCCAUCAUCUCUCAUUAGAGAAGUGAGAAUGAAACAAAUCAUGAUUGAGCUUUUUGUCAACCAAAACCGAUCAAUACCUCAAAAUAAUUUAACUACUGAGGGCAUUCACUUUCUCGCAUAUCAACAAAAUUACAUACAUAGAUUUCAUAACUAUAGAAACUAUUUGGAAAAGUUAAUUACAAACUCAGUUUCAAAUAAGUAUAGCACCAAAAUAUAUACCGAUUACACAAUACCAGAAAAUUUACUGAACAUUCCAGUCGCUACUGAAGGCACGACCAUUGAAUACACCAACAGUUUCAAGCAAAAUAAUUCGUUAAGCGAAAUCACUCAAGAGCUCAUUCACUUUACGGAUCUCUUUCUCAAGUGGAACGAUGAAGACUUCAACAAGACAACCACUUCCUAUCCAUUCAUGUAUCUAUAUCUCAAUAGACGAACGGCUGCUGACGCAUAUGCUGUGUUUUGCUCGAAAUUCCAAACAGCAAGAACCAUGAAUCAACAAAUUGAAAACACCCUCAAGCUUUAUCUCUUCAUUUCAAAUGGAAUAUUCAUACUCCUUUAUGGAGGGUUGAUUGUUGUGGCACGUAUCGAUAUGUAUAACAUCAACAAAAUUCUUCACCUUUACAAGAGAAUACCUAAAGACAUUAUUGGUGGAAUUUAUCAAGAAUUGCAAAAAAAGAACUCACAAGAUUUCAAGCAACUUGGACGUGGUAUUUCAUCAAAGAAUAAGAUUAUUAUUUACGCGAGCCUGGUGAUUUUAAUUGUCACGCUUUGUAUAGGGCUCAUGUACUAUGACAUGUACAUGGUUAUUACGACCACUUCUGAGACCAUGUGGCAAAUUGAUAUUGCCACUUCCAUCAUGAGGUCUGCUGUUAGAAUAUCUGUUCGUUUGAGUGAAUUCUUUGCCUUCAAUGGUAUUCAAUCUGGUAAAUUCAUCAACAACCCUGCUGUGGGUAGUGCUUCACAGCUGGCUACUUUUAGAAGCGAUGUCAAACAAUAUUCGCUCGAUAUUCAAAACAUGUACAAUGCAUUAUUUUAUGGAAGUUCUCAAUCAUCCCCAUUAAUUGGAAAAUAUCCACGAAUUGAUGAAAUUAUUUUGGGUGUUUACAAGUGUGAAAACAAGUCCACAUGUAUGACUCUUCAAGCUGUUCUUUCUAAAUUUACUGUAUAUUCGGUCAAGUGGGGUGAUGAUCUAUGGAAUCUUAACUUUGCAAAAAGAUCCGAAGUCUUUUUCCAAUACUUGGAGCUAUUUAAUUUCACAGAUGAAGUAUUUAAAAGAAUGCUUGAACUUUUAGAACAUCUCGUGAGUUACACUCAAUCAGUAACCAGAGCCUUAACUGCAUGCUGUUUUACUGUCGGAAUAGUCACCUUAAUACUAUUGAGCUACUUGAUCUUUGGAGAAUUUCGAAAACAUGACGAAGAAAUCACCACCCUAAGAUUCUUUCUUAAUUUUGUUCCGAUCGAUCAUCUGGAAAAUGAUGAGAAUUUGAAGAACUUUGUAUUACAUCAUGCUCUUUCUUCUCACACGAGGGCCAAGCAAAGCAAUAGUGAAGAUUCCAUUACUAACCUAUUGUCUUCCAUGGUAGAAGGCGCUGUGUUGGCCAACGAAAAAGGAGAGAUUACUCUUUUUAAUGAAGCAGCUCAAAAAAUGUUUGGCAAAGCACUCUCUGAUGUUCUUGGCUUGCCUCUAUAUUCUCUUUUUGAUCCCAAUAAGGAAGAGUUUUUGAAGAAGGUGUGUCAUCAAUUCAAGAAUCAGGUCGAUGCCAUGGACAAGAAACAUGGUGACAUUUUUGAACUGGAAUGUAUUCGAAAGAAUCAGACCACAUUUCCUGGUAUGGUGAAUUUAUUUGUUACAAAGACAGGAGCUGGAACAAAGAUUAUAUCAUGUUUUGUUAAAGACAUUACUAUGGAAAAGAAACAAAAUAGUUUGUUGGCAGAAGAGAAGAAGAAUUCAGACAUGUUAUUACGGAACAUUCUGCCAGAAUCUGUUGCAAAUAGACUGAAAGCUGGCGAGACGUUUAUUGCUGAAAAGUUCAAUGAUAUUACUUGCUUGUUUAGUGAUAUGGUUGGAUUUACUACAAUGAGUAGCCAAAUGAAUCCAACAGAGCUAGUGACCAUGCUCAACUCCAUUGUGAAUGGAUAUGAUGUUUUAACCGAUAGGUACCAACUGGAGAAAAUUAAAACCAUUGGAGAUGCUUAUUUUUGUGUGGGAGGUAUUGGAAACACGCAAUCGGAUCAUCCUGAAAGGACCUUAAAGUUUGCCAUCAACAUUUUCGAUGUCGUUCGAUCAUGUAACGAUGAAAAUCGACAAAAAUAUGGUCACCAAAUCAAUAUUCGUGUGGGUAUUAAUACUGGAAGUGCUGUCGCUGGAGUGAUUGGAAAGAAGAAGUUUGCCUAUGAUCUUUGGGGGGAUACCAUCAACAUUUCAUCACGAAUGGAGUCCACAUCUCUACCGGGCAAGAUACAAAUUUCUAGAUCGACCUAUGAGCGAGUGUAUGAUUUAGGUUUUGAAUUUGAGGAACGAAUGGUUGAAGUGAAAGGGAAAGGAACGUGUAAAACCUACUUGCUUAAAAGUCAUCAUCAUGUGAGUGCGUUGAUUGACGAAAAUGUGUUCGUCACUCGAAUCGAACAACCUGCUGCAAUCGUAGCAUUGUCAACAACGAUGCAUUCUCCGAAUGAAUUGAUGACAUCUACACCGGUCGAAGAAAUUAUUACAGCAAGUGAGCAAGAUAUCGUUAAGUAA